AUGGUAGGAAGGGUGCAAAAAUGGAGAUGCGUUUGGAAUUCGAUUCAUCGUUUGAAUCGUAGAUGCAGUAAGCUGCGGAUGUUGCACGAGGGCCCGGACACCGUCGAGGAGCUUCUCGAUAGGCACCUCGUCAAAAGCAAAAACAUAAACGAAAACGACGAAUUGGAGAAUCGGAGGCAACUCACCAGCACUCGUCGCGAAGCGCUGAGUCUUUACCGUGACAUUAUUCGGGCCACCCGAUUUUUCAUGUGGCCCGACUCCAGAGGCGUCCUCUGGCGCGACGUACUUAGAGACAAUGCCCGAACAGAAUUCGAACAGGCCCGUUUCGAAACCGAUCCGGAAAUCGUGACGCGAUUGAUUAUCGGGGGCCGCGAAGCCCUACACUCUGCUAUUGAUAAGCUCGCCGAGAAGCACAAACAUCACAUUGAGAAAGAUAAUCCCUCUGAUUCUCAUCAACGCUGA